ACACACAGACGGACACAUCAACAUCACACUGCUGUCUGUUGACUCUCCAGUCCGAUCUACCUGAUGAUAAGGAUCGAUCAACUCACCUUUACCGGCUGAUCAGUAAGCUGAAGAAUCAACUCACACCCGGAAGAACGUCUGUGACGUCAAACUGAUCGAUUCUCCUCGCGGCACAGUAGUUCACAGCACUGAACUCUGCGGUCUUUUGUUGUCCUCUGUUUGUAAAGCCGCACAGCACUGCACGCAGCUGACUAUACUGUCUUUUAUUCUGUCGACAGGUUCAAAGUGGGCGGGUCUAAUGGUCAUAGCCCCGCCCCCGGCCUGACAACCAGCACGCCUCCUGUUCGUCUCCUAGCAACCAGGCUGUCAGCCCGCUCCGUGCCUCUCCAGGCCGCCCUCCCGUCCGGAGACGCAGCGUCCCGGACUAAAAGUUGCCUAAAUAACGAGGCAAAGCCUCCAGAUCCUCCAUGGAACCGAACUCAGAGUGAGCCGAGGGCGCCGCCAUGAACGACCGGUACCACCGGGCGGCCCGGGAUGGCUACCUGGACGUGCUGAAGGAGGCCACACGGAAGGAGCUGAACGCACCGGAUGAGGAUGGGAUGACACCGACCUUAUGGGCCGCUUACCACGGCAACCUGGAGGCGCUCCGGCUCAUCGUGGGCAGAGGAGGUGACCCGGACAAGUGCGACAUCUGGGGCAACACGCCGCUUCACCUGGCAGCUGCCAAUGGCCACCACAGCUGCCUGUCCUUCCUGGUGGCCUUCGGUGCCAACGUGUGGUGUCUUGACAACGACUACCACACUCCGCUGGACAUGGCCGCCACCAAGGGACACAUGGACUGUGUUCGCUACCUGGACUCCAUCGCUGCCAAGCAGAUUACCCUCAAUCCAAAACUGGUCAGCAAACUCAAAGACCGUGCGUUUCGAGCCGCAGAGCGUCGGAUCAAAGAGUGCGCGAAGCUCCAGAAGAAGCACCGGGAACGUAUGGAGAGGAGGUUCAUGAAGGAGUCGGCCGCUCUAGACAACUUAGAUGCUAUUAGCUUUUCUAGCUACACCAGCAGCAGCACACUGAGCCGCAAGUUCAACACUGUCACGUCUAACAUGCCAUACUCGCAGGCCACCCUGCAUUCCACAGCCAAGGGCAAGGCCAAGAUACAGAAGAAGCUGGAGAAGAAGAAGCAGGUUGAUGGAACGUUCAAGAUCUAUGAGGAUGGAAGGAAAAGUGUGCGCUCGCUGUCCGGACUGCAGCUCGGCAAUGACGUCAUGUUCCUCAAACAGGGCACAUAUGCCAACCCCAAGGAGAAGUCACGUCUCAACAUCCGUGACAUGUUCUCCCAUGACAAUGAUGAUGAUGCCGACACCAUCUCCCGUGCCAUGAGCGACCCGGGCCUCCACGAGGCUGCAUAUUCUGAGAUCAGCGCUGACUCCGGACGUGAUUCCCUGUUCACCCGUCCCGGACUGGGCACCAUGGUGUUCAGGAGGAACUAUAUGAGUGGAGGCAUGUUUGGUAUAGGGGCACGGGAUGAUGGGAGUGUAGCAGGGAGUGAACCUGUGGGACAGGCACCUAAUGUUCGUCUACGAGGACAUCUGCCUCGACGCUCGCCCAGCUUUGAUGAGGACAGUAUUGGCAGCGCCUUGAGCCUGCAAGAGAGAAAUCUUCAGGAGUUGCCCUGGGAAGAGACUGAAGUUGGCUUGGAUCAGGACCUUGAGCCAGAGAACAGUCCUCUGGAGACUUUCCUGGCCUCUCAAGGCCUCGGCGAAUUCAUGCAAAUCUUCAGGAGGGAGAAGAUUGACCUGCAGGCUCUGCUGCUUUGUUCAGAUCAGGACCUUACCAGCAUUCACAUCCCUUUGGGCCCCCGGAAAAAACUUUUGGAUGCCUGCAAGAGACGUCUAGACACCCUAGAUGAACCAGAGGCCAUUGAAGACACUGAGCUUUGAAGGUCAGAUUUUCUUUUAAAUGGGAAGCUCCGCUGUCCUUUCCUACCAGAUAAAAAGCUGUUAAUUUACUGUUUCAACGUGCAUCAUUUGUGUUGAUGAUAUUUAUUGUGGACAGCAGACAUCACUGAGUUGUGGAUGCCCUUCCUUUAUGUUAAACCUGAGAUUGGUUGUUUUUGGCCUCUUUGGGAUGAAGAAGCUGUUAACCACUGAAGUAUUAAUGCAGCUGGAAGCUUGAUGUAACAGUGGUCAGUCGCAGUAGGAAAAUCCCCUGUGGCCAAAAAAGAGUUUGACAUCUGUUGGCAAGAUGCCUUGAACUGAAAAGGAAACUCAGUUAUUACUCUCUGUAUUAUGAAUCUUAAUCCAUGAAAGUUAUAUUUAUAACGUAAACUCACCGUAGACUUUCAGAAUCUGCAGUUACAUGUUACUCCUCCAUGGAUUUUAACAACAAAACCGGCUAAUUAGACAUAUGAUUAAGAAAUUUAAUCAAACAGAAUAACUGUGAACACCUGUGCAGGUGUGCAGCAGACGCCACAAGACCAGAAAUCUGCCACUACUGUUACUGGCUAAAUGGCACCAUCUAGUGGCAACACGUGAUAAAUGAGAUGAGAUUUGGACAUUUGGAGGCCAAUUUAGACAAUUCAUCACACAUUUUAUCAGUCAUUCAUCAUGUUACUGUUUGCAUUGAUUUACCGGAUUAACACACAAUGAAGAUGAUUUGCAUACAUGAUUGUGGUUCCAUGAAGGCAGCAUGGAAUCUGAGCGUCUGACUGGAAUUAAAGAAAAAAUAAUAAACAUUUUAGGGAAAAGCUUUGCCACAUAUACAAACACAUGCACACUGAUCUGUUUGUAUAUAAUCUCUUCAUUUAGCCUGUCUGUGAAUAUAACUGCAUACUAUAUUAGCUCAUGUAUCAGUAACUGAUUGAUGUAUUAAUGAAUGUACUUCAUUCUUUGAAUAUAUUGUUUGUUAUGUCUUCACUGUACAAUUUUCUUAUUUUAAAUGUGUUCUGUGGCACAUAAACAAUAGUGACUUAGUAUUUAUGGGGUCAUUUAUGGAUUAAAAUAUCUCCAGACUGACGGUUCUGCAAACACUGUUGCAACAGUGAAAACAUUGGUUAUCUGAGCGCCUGCUCGAUAACGCUGUUUCCUGUCUGGUUUCACUGAAGGCCUGUCUGUCUGUCUGUCUGUCUGAGUAUGACAUGAUGUGCUUGAAUGUUGGUAAAAAUCUGCUUUUGUAUCUGCAACCAUAAUUAUCUUUUACUAAAAUAAAGAUAAAAAUGUU